AUACGAAGCAACUAUAAGAAUCAAACAAAUAUAAAAGAAAAAGUUAAUUCAAAUCAAAAUCGACUGAUUUAGAUAUAUUUCUAGUACUUAUUCUCUUAGAUCUUUGAAGAAAAGAGUUAUAUUUUCAUUAUUUUCAACAUAACUAACAUUAAUCACAUCAAAAUAUAGCUUUAUAAAAGAAUAAUGAUGAAAUUUUCUUUUACAUCCGUUUCUCAUUGUUUCUAAUUGUGACAGAUCUUUUUCUCAUUUUGAAAGAAUCUUAGUUUACAGUCUUAUUUUAAAUCUUCUUCUUUAGUGAGGAUUAAUCAAUAGGUCUUCAUAAAAGAGUUUUGUUCCAGAUUGAAAGCUGAUUAGAAUUUUAUGUUUCUCAAUUUCUCAUUUUGUAAGCUAAUUAAUUAAGAAAAAGUAGAAUCUUUCGUUCUAUAAAUUAUCAACAGAGAAAAUAGGUAUAAUUAAUAGAAAAGAAAAGCGCUGUCAUAAAUAUAGUCCCCGUUCGAUGUAUUGAAAAUAAUAAAAUGCAACCAUUUCCCUCAAGAUGUAAGAGAUGGAGCGCUACAAAUAUUUCUAAAUCAGCCGAUUUUGAUUUGAAUUAAAUUUCUAUUUUAUAUUUGUUUGAUUCUUAUAGUUGCUUUGUAUUUUAUUUGAAUUAAAUAAAGAAUAAAUAGACUAAAAUUAUUAACGAAUUAAUAAGCUUUACUUAUAUUAAUAACGAAGUACAAAUAUGACUGUAAUAUAACUCCAUAUUUAGUAACUAUUUGAUAAUACCUACCUGAGUGCACAUAGCCACACCUUAGUGUAUGGGCUAUGUGCACUUAAGUGUUCGUAGUCACUUCCUUAUUUUAAAUCUUUGAAAUAUAUUAUUAUGCACAAAUUUUUUCUAUAGAAAACCAUUUUCAUCAAAAUCAACAUUAAAUGUUGACGAUCAAUUAAGUACCAAUGAAUCAUCAGCUGAGGAUGAUGUUUCUGUUGAUGAUUAUUUGUCGUCUGGUGAAGGAACACGUGGUAGUAGCCGUGGUGAUUACGAUGAUAAAUCAUUCAGCAGUCAACAAAGUUCAAGUAAUGAAGAUAAUGCUUCAACAUUGUCCGAUGAUGAAGAAAUCGUUACUAAUACUUCAACUAAUACUUCCAUUGAUCCAACUUUAUUAUCUAUUCGUUCUUUGAUUAAACGAGUUCGUGAACUUGUUGGUCUGGUGAAUAAAUCUGGUUCACUAAGCGAAUACAUUCGUCAACAAGCAAAAGAAAAAAAAUUAUCUGGAGAAGUAUGAUAUUAGUAACAUUAGGACAUUAUUGACUAAAUUGGCUUGUGAAUUGUAUUUUUUAAUCAAUGAGAUGAGUUUUGGAAGAAAAUCUCCGUAAAUAUUUUCUCUUACUCCUAUCUCUACUGGUAGAAGUACAUACAGUACAAUAGAUUUACUGAAGAGAGAAGACUAGUUGAAUUUUUCUAUUUAAAUGUAUCUUCGUUCCAAAAUUCUACAGUAUAUAUAUUAUCAUAAAAUUUUUUAGAGCUACCGGAACUUUCUGAGUCUUUAAUGUAUUCAACAAGAGUGGGGUUUUUCUACUAAUUAGGAUUAUUAGAAAUAUAACUUAAUAGUUAUGGUUAGCGACAAAACCAAGAUAUUGGGCUAGGAAGUUCACCCUUCCCUGCUAAAUCGAAUAAAUCUCUCAAAAAUCUCAACAGAGGAGAAGAAUCAAAGACCUGUAGUGAGAGCUGACCGUCCUGGUCAUUCUCAGGUUUUACCACUCGUUAGGAUGCCCUUAAUCAUUUAAGUAAAUUAAAUACUUUCAUGAUUGUUCUCAAGUGCUAAACUGUAACUAGUGAAACGAGAAUAUGGAUAUUUAUCUGUUUACUAUAAUUAUUCUAGUAAUUCAACACGCAAAGUAAAUGAAUUGAUGUUUACGUCGGAUAUGCUUCAUAUUGUGAAGCUUACAUAUAUUUUCGAAGAAAAUAGUGGGUGUAAGUUUUAAGACGAAGUUUUCCUGCUCCCCCUCUUCAUUUCAGACACUUACCCCUCCAUUACAGAUCAUCAUAACCCUUACUUCACAUUAUAGGCCUUAGUAGUUCCUUUCUCACAUUACAGACCUGAGCAAUCAAGAUUACAAAUCGGAUAUUCACAACAGUCUUAUUUGCCAUGUAAUUCAAUGUUAAUAAUAAUAAUAACAAUAAUAAUAAUGAUGAUGAUGUUAAAUUACAAAAAAAAGAAAAAUACAAAUACGAAAAUAACACACAAUGAGCGAAUAACAGCGAUGAAAAUGAAAAAUAGGGCGCUCAUAAAAAAGAACUGCAUUUUUGUUUAAAAUUGUAGAAAUAAAAAACGACAGCGUUUGAUAACAAUCGAUCAUCAUUAGAAAAAAACUGUCGUCUUUUUACGAUAUUACAUUCUGUGCAUCUUGUAUUAGUAUAAAGACGAUAAAGAGGAUAAGUGAGUUUCACAUUUCAACCUCAAAAAGGCUACGUUAACAUGUCUUUUCUCACUGAAAAAAUGAAUAUUAUUAAGCUUUACAUAAUCAUAUGUAGUUGACGUCUUUGUUAUACAUAUUAAUCAAAUGCUCUAGUUAAAAGAUACGUAUUCUGUUUUCGUGAGGCUAAUUCUUAUGAUUUCAAUCUUACGUGACUGUUGUCUACAUAAUAUACUCGUUACGAUAAAGUGAUUCUAUUCGAAAAAUUUUAUUUUUGUAAUUUAUGACAUGACGAAGCAGGUGACAAAAAAAAGAUCAUACCAAUCAUAUUUGUAUUUUUUCUUCUCAAUGAUUGCUCUAAUAUUGCGUUUCCGCACAAGAGAUAUUAGUUUUUAAUAUUUUCUAAAACUUAAAGGCAUAUUUUUUGAAUAUUUUAGGGGUUAAUCAUGGAUUGCGAAGUGAGAUGGAAUUCCUGUUUUUUCAUGCUUAAACGUUUUACUGACUAUCAGUCAAUCAUCGAAAACAUUACUAUUCUUCACCGAUCUGUUAUUGCUGGUCUAUCUUCAUCAAUUGUUUUUCAUUUAAAAAGCCUUAUGUUUACUUCUGAAGAAUGGGAUUAUUUGAUAGCGACUUGUAACGUCCUCAAUAUAUUUAAUCAAGCAUGUCAACUUUUAUCAAGAAGACGUUAUCAGACAUUGUCAAUCGGCUAUAUGGUAUCAUGUGGAUUACGUAAUUCGCUCCUAGAACCAUCAUCAGGUCCUCAAGGAUACAUUGAAAAUAUGAUAAAAAAAACACCUUUUCGGUGCUUUCAUGGAACAUUUUGACAAAAAACUAUCAAUCGAUCAGAAGAAUUCAAUGCUCGUAAGUUUUGUUUCCUUUCUUGCAUCUUUUUAUCUUUCGUGCAAUCGAAGCUGUUAUUAUUAUUAUGUAGAAUUGAGUAUUUUUUUGGAAAACAUUCCUAUAAAAAUUAUUUUUGUAUUACUGCAAUGUUGAUUAAUUCUUAUUGAUCAAACAUUGUUUUACCAAAUUAUAGACGUUAUCAAUUAUUUUUUGGAAAAUGUUUCACUAAUUGAAAUUGAUAUAGAACUGUUGCAAUUGAAAAUAAGUAAACUAAAGAAAAUUUAUUAAAUCGAACGUUCUGAUAUGUUACAAGAAUUAUAUUGUUUAUGUACACAUGAUAUAUGAAUGUGACAUAUGUUGAGAUCCUCAUUCUUGCAUCGGUUAAGCCAGUAGAUGGAUUUCUCAAAGCAAGACUGUAUGUAAAGCAGCAGAGAAAUUCAUAUUUAAAGUACAACUUUUUUUCGAGAAUGUUUUUACAUGAUAAGAUGGAGCACAUCAAGUUAAAUAAGGAAAAGUAAGUUUUUUUCUUUGAGAAAAAAAAUCUAAAGGAUGAAAAUUUAAAAACGACUGAAAAUCGCUGCAUUAGUGACUUUUCAUGGUUUUGAUGAUAUUUUAUUCUAAUUCUAAACGAAAGCUAAAUUUAAAAACAAAGUUUAUGUGGUAUUCACUUAUUAUAUGAGAAUGAAAAAAUUUUAAACUUUCUCGUUAAUGAAAAUUCUCGCUAGGAGCCAUGUCUCAACGAAAAUAAUUUUCUAGUGACCUCUAGAAAAAGAAUUUGAGGCAUCAGUAGUUUGUCCCCUAGUUUUAGUAAAUUUUAUUUUUUAUGCAAGGUCCAUAAAACUACGUUUGAACCUCAAAUUCUCUUCUUAUUGAAAGAUGAAGUGUUCAUCUGUGCAUCAAAUCAAGGAAAUAGCUAGAUUUCAACAACAAAAAACGUUUUCGUGAAAAAUCACAUGCAGCUUUGUUCCUACUAGUAUGGCGAAUAUAAAGAUCUAAAACUGUUGAAUUUAUCGCUUACGUGUAAAGAGUUGAUAGGUCUGCCAGAUAAAAAGCAAGACUUUUAUUAUCCACCAAAAGUUUCAAACUUUUUCAUUCUCACAUAAUAUUUGCACAACACAAACAUUUUGUUUUCAGAUUCAGCUUUUAUGUAGAAUUAAAAUAAAAUAUCAUUAAAGUUAUCAAAGAUCACUGAUGCAGUGAUUUUCAGUCGUUUUCAAAUUUUAGGUGACUUUUGAGGAAUUUGAAAGAUGAUAUUUCUUUUUAAUUUUUGUCCUCAGUUUUUUCAAAGCAUAAAACUCACUCGCUCUUAUUCAACUUGGCGACUCCUCCCUAGGGAAAAUCUUUGAUGUUUCGGCCCCGGAUCCUUGGAAGAUAGGAUCAAGAUCCUGCAAGGAUUCGAUGUUUUUUCCUGAGGAAACGACUAAAUCCUGAAAGAAGCGUGUAGCCA